AUGGAAGUUUCCGCCACGGAUGUUUUGUACGUUCCCGACUUCGGCGUCGGCGCCAACGGCCAGCUCUCGACCGCUCAUUUUACAACUGCCUCUGCAACACCAACACCACCAACCACUACCAUGGCUCACCACCUCCUCUCGCCCAUCAAGCUCGGCCGCGUCGAGCUCGCCAACCGCGUGCUCCUCGCGCCGCUCACGCGCUGCCGGUCGUCGCCGGGCACGCACGUGCCCAACGACCUCAUGAAGGAGUACUACACGCAGCGCGCGGGCGCCGGCCUCCUCAUCACCGAGUGCACGAUGAUUGCGCCGCUCACGUCGGCGUUUUACUCGGAGCCGGGUCUCUACUCGCCCGACCAGCUCGCCGAGUGGAAGAAGAUCACGGAUGCGGUCCACGCCAAGGGCUCCAAGAUCUUUUGCCAGAUCUGGCACGCCGGCCGUGCCGCGCACCCGGAUUUGAACGACGGCGCCGAGACGAUUGCGCCGUCCGCGAUCGCGAUCGAAGGCGACGUCCACGGCCCCAACGGCAAGGUGCCGUACACGGUGCCGCGCGAGAUCACGCUCGACGAGAUCCCGCACCUCGUGCAGCUGUACGCGACGGCGGCCAAGAACGCGGUCGAGGUCGCGGGCUUUGACGGCGUCGAAGUCCACGGCGCCAACGGGUACCUCAUCGACCAGUUCCUCAAGGAUGGCAGCAACAAGCGCACGGACGCGUACGGCGGCUCGAUCGAGAACCGGGCGCGCUUUGGCCUCGAGGUCGUCGCCGCCGUCGUCGGUGCAAUCGGCGCGGACCGCGUCGGUAUCCGCCUCUCGCCGCUCAACAGCUACAACUCGAUGAUCGACUCGAACCCGCCCGCGCUCCUCGAGUACUUUGCCAAGAAGCUCAGCGACUUUUCGCUCGCGUACCUGCACAUCAUGCGCGCCGAUUUCUUCCAGGCGCAAAAGGGCGACGUCAUCCCGAUCGUGCGCGAGCAUUUCAAGGGCCCGAUCGUCGCCAACAUGGGCUACACCAAGGAAGAGGGCGACCAAGCGAUUGCGUCCGGUGCCAUUGACGCCGUUGCUUUUGGCACCUCGUUCUUGGCCAACCCCGACUUGGUCACGCGCUUCGAGAAGGGCGCGGCCCUCAACACGCCGGAUUCGGCGACGUUCUACACGCCGGGCCCCAAGGGCUACACCGACUACCCGUUCCUCUCGUAAACUACUUUUAUAGUAACCAGAAAAUUCUA